AUGGCCACUCUGACAUCCAUAUAUCUCUAUGCGCCACAAGCUCGUCUGACGUGUCUGGGAGKAUCGAGUAUCGUCAGACGACAUCUCAGUUCAUCUCSCCGACGGAAUUCCUCGGAGAAGUAUCAACGCUCUGACUUCACCAGUCAGCCGUACACUGGAGCAUAUGAGCCGGGUGGACCUACUCAAGGGCCUCUCAGCGACGCCUCCAACAUUGGAGCGCCACACAUCACGCCCAUUGUAUUGAAACAGCAUCUCGAUCAAUUCGUCGUCGGUCAGGAGCGAGCAAAGAAGACCUUGGCUACGGCGGUCUACAAUCAUUAUCAGCGAAUACAGGAGCUGCAACGCCGUGAUGACGAGCUGGAAGAGCAAUUGGCGGCUGCGGAGCGGAGGAGAAUGGCUAUGCACCCGAGACAUCCUGUAGAAGGUAUGGAGGAGGAUUUGAAGCGGGGAAUUUCUGUGCCCUCGCUGACGAGAGAUUGGGCUGUUCAAGACGAGUUUCCUGGUCAACAACAGACCAUCAAUCUAUAUCCUCCCGAAUCUGAUUCGACACACAAGCCAGUCGAGCAGUCGCAGAAGGGGCAACCGACUCUGCAAGACCACACCCCACUUACGAUUGAAAAGAGCAAUGUUUUAUUACUAGGUCCUUCUGGGGUCGGCAAGACCUUGAUGGCGCGAACUCUGGCCAGAGUGUUGGAGGUACCAUUCAGUAUGUCUGACUGCACCCCGUUCACUCAAGCGGGAUACAUAGGAGAAGAUGCGGAAGUGUGUGUUCAAAGGUUACUUGCUGCCGCAAAUUACGACGUGACUCUCGCAGAACGAGGUAUCAUCUGUCUCGACGAAAUUGACAAGAUUGCCACCGCCAAGGUUGCCAAUGGGAAGGACGUGAGUGGAGAGGGCGUCCAACAAGCKUUGUUGAAGAUCRUCGAGGGUACCACACUGCAAGUUCAAGCCAAGCAAGAGAGGAAUGGCGCGAGUGAUAGGAAUCGUGGCCAAGGUGGCUUUCCUACCAAUAGCCCUCUCUCUGGCGGAAGCAUGGGUCAGACAUCAGGCUCGGGAGGCCAAAAAGGUGAUGUCUACAACGUGCGAACCCAUGACAUCCUCUUCAUCUGCGCCGGUGCCUUCUCUGGCCUUCACAAAACGAUUCUUGACCGCAUUAGUAAAGGAAGCAUCGGCUUUGGCGCAAACGUCCGCGCGGCGCCAGGCUCAGGUUCCGGCUCCGAUCAGCACGAGACCAUUCUUGAAGGCGAAGAUGAUCUGUUCGAAAAGCACCUGCCCUACUACACUCCAUCCCCGCCAGACGAAAGCCAUGCUGGUCGCCCCAAGGCGAAGCGAACAUUCAACACUCUCGAUCUCGUCGAACCUCAAGACCUUCAGAAGUUUGGACUUAUACCUGAAUUAGUCGGUCGCAUUCCCCUCUCCUGCGCACUGUCAUCACUUGACAUUCCUGCACUGGUGAAGGUGCUGUCAGAGCCGCGGAACAGUCUCCUAAAGCAAUAUCAGCAACUCUUCGCCCUAUCAAGUAUCGAGCUUCGCUUCACAACACCUGCACUCCACGCCAUCGCGAAAACAGCCUCAAAGAUGGGAACGGGUGCACGAGGACUUCGAACAGUAAUGGAGCGACUGCUGGCGGACGCCAUGUUCGAGACUCCCGGAACCGGCAUUAAGCAUGUGCUUGUCAAUGAGGACGUAGCGGAGAAGCGAGCCGGUGCUUUAUAUUUUGCGAGAGGACAGCACGGCGCUUUUCACGGCAUGAUUGCUACUGAGGAGGACGCCUGGGAGAGUCGGAUUCAGGGCAACGAGAGUGAGUUUGAGGCGCGGGCACGGAAUAAUUCCAAGGGAGGUGCUUCGAGGACCUUUGAGGAGUAUAGGGAGAAGGCCACUGCUGCUGGAUUUGUAUAG